AUGGCCACCAUGGACAAUGUCAACUACCGAAUACCCGCGUACUUCUGGCAACCACCGCCAUUGCUUGAUACGUUGGAGACAGAAACAUCCACCGUCCAAAAAGAGACUGUCAACGACUGCUUACCACUCCUCAAUGGCAUCAACGAUCCCUGCCGAAGUCCAUUCGAUUUCAAUGAGUUUGGACUGCCUUGCUUAGAAAGAGAGGCGCAUAUUGGAUUCCUACAACAGAGCUUGGAUGAAUACCCCGCGCCUUUCGUCGGCAUCGAUGCCAGUCGUCCUUGGAUGGUCUACUGGGCGUUGGUGGGUCUUUACAUGCUCGGGGAAGACGUCUCCGUAUUUCGUGCAAGGGUCGUGAAAACAUUUUAUUCCAUGCAAAACCCCAACGGUGGCAUCGGGGGUGGCUUCGGACAAGAUGCUCAUCAGGCUGGAACAUAUGCAGCGCUACUGAGUCUUGCCUUGGUCGGUGGCGAAGAGGCUUACUCACUUGUAGAUCGCGAAAAGAUGUGGCAUUGGCUUGGCCGGCUCAAGCAAGCAGAUGGAGGCUUUCAGAUAUGCGAAGGAGGCGAGGAAGACACCCGAGGAGCUCUCUGUGCCCUGAUUGCCAUUUCUCUCCUCAACCUUCCCCUUUCGCUUCCACCAGAUUCUCCAGCUCGGGAUGCUGGUAUCGAGACUUUCAAGGAUGGUCUUGGGGAGUACCUCUCGCGUUGCCAGACCUACGAAGGUGGAGUUGCAGCGUCACCAGGAGGCGAAGCCCACGGGUCCUACGCCUUUUGCGCACUCGCUUGUCUGUGCCUAUAUGGUCCGCCGCACGAAACAAUCCCCAAGUUUUUGGACGUCGACGCCCUGAUCUGGUGGCUUUCUUCCCGGCAAUAUGCUCCAGAAGGUGGGUUUGCCGGCCGGACAAAUAAACUGGUGGAUGGUUGCUACAGCCAUUGGCUGGGAGGUUGUUGGCCUUUGGCGCAAGCGGCGGUGAGCGGCCCUCGAGAUUCAGCUGGUGACAAGGCAAGGGACGUGAGCGAGAAUUUGUACAGCAGUGAAGGUCUGGCAAGAUAUAUUCUGUGCUGCUGCCAGGCAAAGGGUGGUGGACUUAGGGACAAACCAUCAAAGAGGCCGGACUCGUACCACACUUGCUACAAUCUCUCUGGACUAAGUAUCGUCGAACAUUCCCACUCAUACGGAACCUCGGACGGCGACGACUUAUUUGGUUCAGCCUUGACCUGGCAAUCCUCGAAAGCGGAAAUCCCUAGCGAGCGGGAUGCUAGUAAAACCUUUGAAACAAGUGCUGGUGUAAGGGAGGUUCAUCCAGUCUUUGUCAUUCCCCACGAAGCCGCGAUGGCCAUGCGCGAGUGGUCGUUGGCGCGCCCUCUUGACGUGCAAGGCGCAGAAUAA